UUCGUGUUACGUGCAUGUGUUUGAGUUUUAUUGUAUGUAAUCUAAAAUUUAAAAAGUGAAGAAUCUGCUUCACUUAAACCAAUAUGACGCAACAACGUGUGUGUUUGUUGUGUAAAUGGUGAUAUCGAGGGUUACAUAGCACACGCGUACGGGUUUAUCUCUUAUUCACGUCUGGACUCUGUAGAACACUAACUCACAAAACUCGAGAAGAAUUUAUAGUUUCAUGGAAGACUUCAUGGAUGACAAGAAGUUUUAGCAGACAUCAUGAGUGGCCAGAGAUCUACCCCUGCAGCCAGCGAUGACAUUGCCCCUCUCCAGCAGAUGGUGGCGUCCUGCUCUGGAGCCAUCCUCACGUCAUUGUUUGUCACACCUCUGGAUGUUGUGAAGAUCAGACUUCAAGCUCAGAAGAACCCCUUCCCCAAAGGUAAAUGCUUCGUCUACUGCAAUGGACUGAUGGACCACAUAUGUGUGUGUGUAAAUGGAAACACAAAGGCCUGGUACAAAGCCCCCGGUCACUUCAGUGGCACCCUGGAUGCCUUCGUUAACAUUGUACACCAUGAAGGAAUAAAGUCACUAUGGAGUGGUUUACCUCCAACCCUUGUAAUGGCAGUCCCAGCUACAGUGAUCUACUUCACAUGUUACGACCAGCUGUGUGCAGCACUCAGGGUCAGGAUGGGCACCUAUGCUGACGAGGCUCCUCUCCUGGCUGGACCCACUGCUAGAUUGGGAGCAGCAACAAUGAUCAGCCCUCUGGAGCUGAUACGCACGAAGCUGCAGUCUCAGAAACAGUCGUACAGGGAGCUGACCGCCUGCAUACGCUCAGCAGUGGUGACCGAGGGCUGGCUGUCGCUGUGGAGAGGUUUGGGACCCACGCUGCUCCGGGACGUGCCCUUCUCAGCCAUUUACUGGUACAGCUACGAAAGGGGCAAGAAGUGGCUGUGUGAACGACACAACGCCAGAGAACCCACAUUCACCAUCGCCUUCAUAUCUGGAGCAGUGUCUGGCUCAAUUGCAUCCAUCGUAACAUUACCAUUUGAUGUGGUGAAAACAAGAAGGCAGGUGGAGCUGGGAGAGCUGCAAGCAAAGAAUUUGUCAUGUAAGGUCUCAUCCAGCACCUUCAGUUUGAUGAGAAGGAUUGUGACACAGGAAGGCUUUAGCAGACUGUUAGCAGGUUUUUUCCCCAGAUUGAUCAAAGUGGCUCCGGCCUGUGCUAUUAUGAUCAGCACUUAUGAGUUUGGCAAGGCCUUUUUCCGCAAGCACAACCAAGAGAAGACGCUCAGUCUGCUACAGACCACUAACACCUGAAGGUUUUCCACUCACCUCUCUCCAACUCAAAUGACUACUGCUAGAAGAAGCUAAUUUUCCAAAUGAAAAAAAAAGAAGCAGAAUGGAAAAUAAAAAAUAAACUACC